AUCAUACUCUAUUCUCGACACUCUACAACGAAUAAUCGACGAGAGGUUGCUCCAGCAGCUUACCCCGGCUAGCCGCUUUGAUAUUUGGGCGACGAGGCUACCCGACGAAAGGGAAAAAAGACAGGACCUCGACUCUCCUCUGUCGCCACCACACACCAGACGCGCGGGUCGCAGUCCGGGAUACAGAUUCUGUACAGUAAAGCAUUGCAAGAUGGCCGUCGCUUCGAUCCAGGACCGAACCGCCGAGUUCAAGUCGGUCCUCGCCCAGGCGCAACGCCGCCAAAAUGCCAACAAGGCGAGCGCGCAGAGGAAAUCACUGCUCAACGACGCGCAAAAGUCAGCCGCGAAUGGAGACGGUCGUGUGAGGAGAUCAGACUUUGCCAGGAAGGCGGCGGAGAUUGGAAGAGGCAUCUCAGCCACUAUGGGCAAGUUGGAAAAGCUGGCGCAGCUCGCAAAGCGCCGCACCCUCUUUGACGACCGGCCUGUGGAAAUCAACGAGCUCACAUUCGUCAUCAAGCAAGAUCUGUCCUCCCUGAACCAGCAGAUUGGUGCCCUGCAGACAAUGUCGAAGCAGCAGCACCCGAAAGCAGACCAAGAAGGCGAACACAACAAGAACGUGGUCUAUCUGCUGCAGGGCAAGUUGACGGAUGUCUCUGUGAAUUUCAAGGACGUGCUGGAGGCUCGAACAAAGAACAUCCAGGCCUCGCGAUCGCGUACCGAGAAUUUCAUAUCUUCAGUGUCUCAGCAUGCGCAGCACUCUCAGCCGUCUCUGCAGCAAUCGGCAUCGCCGCUGUACGGGACGCCGAACCGGGCAUCGCCUGCGCCUGGCAGCGACACUCUAUCGCUAAACCCGGGCCCCAUGGGCGAUCAGCAGCUGAUGAUGAUGGAAGAGGCGAACCCAACCAACUCGUAUAUCCAGCAGCGAGGCGAGGCCAUCGAGGCCAUCGAGAGGACAAUCAACGAGCUGGGCGGCAUCUUCAGCCAGCUGGCCACGAUGGUUUCCGAGCAGAGCGAGAUGAUUGAGAGAAUCGACGCCAACACUGAAGAUAUCGUGGACAAUGUGGAGGGAGCGCAGCGCGAGCUGAUGAAGUACUGGUCGCGAGUGUCGAGCAACCGAUGGCUGAUUGCCAAGAUGUUUGGAGUUUUGAUGAUUUUCUUCUUGCUAUGGGUUCUAGUUUCGGGCUAAGAAGAAUAGCAAACAUGAUUGAUUUUAUAGACGCGGCUGUACGGAUAUCAUUCAGGACGGUCCUCCUGUCAUAUUUUUUUGUUCUUCCAAUUGAACUGGGUGUUGUAAAAUUAGAGGCAGCAGAGGCAUUAAUCAAGGGAGAUGCGGCAACGAAUAAAGGAUGGCGUUGUUGGCACUGGGAAAUGUUUAUCUUUAUCUUUAUCUUUAUCUUUAUCUUUGACGUUGUUUCUUUGAUU